AUGGAUGAACAUUUAAUUUCUACAAUUAAUAAGCUACAAGACGCUUUGGCCCCAUUAGGCGGUGGGUCUCAAUCCCCAAUUGAUUUACCACAAAUCACUGUUGUUGGAUCCCAAUCAAGUGGUAAGUCUUCUGUUUUGGAAAAUAUUGUCGGUAGAGACUUCUUACCUCGUGGUACUGGUAUCGUUACUAGAAGGCCAUUGAUUUUACAAUUAAUCAAUAGAAGGAAAUCUAAACCACAGCAAUCAUCUCAAAAUAAUAAUAAAGAUCCUGUUAAGAAAAAUAAUGUUGACGAAGCUGAACAUAAAUUGAAAGAUCUGAGUGUUGGAUCUAACGAAAAUGACAACCAAAAACAACAACAAUCUGGUCAAAGUGAAGAUAAUAAAGAAGAAUGGGGUGAAUUUUUACAUUUACCUGGUAAGAAAUUCUACAAUUUCGAUGAAAUUAGACAAGAAAUCGUCAGGGAAACCGAUAAAGUCACUGGUAAUAAUCUAGGUAUAUCGAGUGUUCCUAUCAAUCUAAGAAUUUAUUCACCUUAUGUUUUAACUUUGACUUUAGUUGAUUUACCAGGGUUAACUAAAGUCCCAGUUGGUGAUCAACCACCUGACAUUGAAAGACAGAUCAAAGAUAUGCUAUUAAAAUACAUUUCUAAACCAAAUGCGAUCAUCUUAUCUGUUAAUGCUGCCAACACUGAUUUGGCUAAUAGUGAUGGUUUGAAAUUGGCACGUGAAGUCGACCCAGAGGGACUCAGAACCAUUGGUGUAUUAACUAAAGUAGAUUUAAUGGACGAAGGUACAGAUGUUAUCGAUAUCUUAGCAGGUAGAGUUAUUCCACUACGUUAUGGCUAUAUACCUGUAAUUAAUCGUGGUCAAAAGGAUAUUGAACAACGCAAAACUAUUAGAGCUGCUUUACAAGAUGAAAAGAAAUUCUUUGAGACUCAUCCAUCGUAUAGUUCCAAAGCACAAUAUUGUGGUACUCCAUAUCUAGCCAAAAAAUUAAACUCGAUUCUAUUACACCAUAUUAGAAACACUCUACCUGAUAUCAGAGCCAAGGUCGAAGCCACAUUGAAGAUCUAUCAAAAUGAAUUAUCUUCAUUAGGUCCAGAAACAGACAUGGGAUCAACCAGUUCGAUUGUCCUUGGUAUGAUCACAGAUUUCGCUAAUGAAUAUAGUGGAAUCCUUGACGGUGAAGCCAAAGAACUAUCAAGCCAAGAAUUAUCAGGUGGUGCACGUAUUUCAUUCGUUUUUCAUGAAGUGUUUAAGAAUGGUAUUAAUUCUAUUGAUCCAUUCGAUCAAAUCAAGGAUGCCGAUAUCCGUACCAUUAUGUAUAACAGUUCAGGUAGUGCACCAUCAUUAUUUGUUGGCACUGAUGCAUUUGAGGUGUUAGUCAAACAACAGAUCAGAAGAUUUGAAGAACCAUCGGUUAGAUUAAUCAAUUUAGUGUUUGAUGAAUUGGUUAGAAUGCUAAAACAGAUCAUUUCACAACCAAAAUAUUCGCGUUAUCCAGCAUUAAGAGAAGCCAUUUCAAAUGAAUUUAUCGAGUAUUUGAAAAAUGCAAUGAUUCCAACUAAUCAAUUUGUCUUAGAUAUCAUUACAUCUGAACAAACAUAUAUCAACACUGCACACCCAGACUUAUUGACAGGUUCAGAAGCUAUGUCGAUGGUCCAACAAAAAUUGCAUCCACAACAGCUACAGCAACAACAACAAAUGCAACCACAACAGAUUUAUGUUGAUGCAAAGACAGGGAAGCCAUUACCUCCAAAUAAACAACCACCACCACCAUCGCAACCAUCGAUGGCUCCAUUGACUCCAAAUAAUAUAUCUGCAUCAUCUAAUGGUGUCAACAGUAAUAAUUCGGAUAACAAAAAUGGAUUCUUUGGUGGAUUCUUUUCAUCCAAGAAUAAGAAGAAGUUGGUAUCAUUGGAAGCACCCCCACCAGUCUUAAAGGCCACAGGACAAAUGACCGAACGUGAGACUUUAGAGACUGAAGUUAUCAAACUAUUAAUAACGAGUUAUUUCAAUAUAGUUAAACGUACAGUAGCUGAUUUGAUUCCAAAGGCAUUGAUGCUAAAACUGAUUGUUAAAUCCAAGAAUGAUAUUCAAAAAGUUUUAUUAGAGAAACUUUAUGGAUCAGAGAUCGAUUUAGAGGAAUUGACACGUGAAAAUGAUGCCACUAUUCAACGUAGAAAAGAAUGUAAGAGAAUGGUUGAGAUUUUAAGACAUGCUAAUGAAAUUGUAUCAUCGGUAUAA